AUGGAAGCGAUUCGCUCGCGGACAGGGCCAUCAGCUGCACCGAGUCGCAUUGAGGAGAGUGAUUAUGUGAAUGAGAUCAGUCAGUCAGCCAAUGCAGCAUAUCUUCGUGCAGUGAAACGACAACGGGUACUACAUGCGCAUACGGAGCGGGGUGGUUCGUUCUUGGAGACUAAGUGGGAGCUGGAAACUGGGAGAAGAAAACGCAAACUUGCUGGCCGUACAGGAGACGAGCAAUUGGUCACAAAUGGUCAGGAAGUCGAAAAUGAGGCGGAUGGCGAGAUUGCCGAGCAGUCAUUGGAGGAAAUUUCGCAAUCUGUUGGCAUGAGUGCCGCAGUCGAUUCUGGUGAAGAGGAAGAGGACACCGACCAGAGUGCUGUUAUUUCGGAGAUAGUUGAUUUGGCAAUUAAUGCGCAAGGUGGUCAGGUAGCAGCAGAAGUGCGAGAACUUAUUGCGAAGAAGGAGACAAAUUUAGUCCGGUCGGCUCUUCGUAUGAACUCUCUGGACGGCGAGGACGCAGCUUUGUUAAGUGAAUUUUUGUCUCGUGCUCAAGCGAAACGGGCAGCGAACGCGGCGAUGGCGGGUGCAGAGAAGACUGUAGUUCGUCAGAAGAAGGAAGAAGUGUUGAGCUCACCGGCAGUACAGUCGCGCCGAGCACUUGAAGAGCUGGAUGUCAAUUCGCCGUCUAUCAAAUCAUCAACAUCGACUCCAGUCAAAGCUGAGAAAUUACCAGAAUCUCCUGAUGCAUCUGAAACAGCCGAUAUUGAUCAAUUGACGUCGUCGCCGACAGUCGCACGUCGCCGUAGUGGUCGGACGAAACCCACGGAGCAAACACGCAGUCUACGACCAGCGGUGCCAAACCAGAUUCCAGUGCGACGGGCGAAUGGGACGGAAUUUGUGUUUUUGCAACGAACGGAAGCUCAAGAGCUGGCACUUGCAACCCGGAAAAACACGCGCCGCAACAAGGGCAAUGCUUUACUCCCGAGGUACUUGCUACAGGCUAUCGUUAAGCAAGAGAGAAAGGAUGAAACGACGCAGCCGUUUGCGCAAAUCGAAGGAAAGGAUGGAUCACGUCAGGCUCGGAAGCAUACAGCGGGACGUAAGCAAGUGUGCUGGAAAGAAGACCAACUCGUCGAAUAUGCGCCAGAAAAGGAAUCAUCCCCCGCAACCGAAUCCCCUUCUCCAAGCAAGAAGAAGGGUAGCUCGUCUCGACAUGAAGGAAACAAGUCGGCGUCAGUGACAACGCACGCUCUGCCAGCAACACCAAGCAAGAAAGUGCGCAGAAUCAACAUGUCAACGUCUGGUACGAGCACAGAUGACMCCGCACGAGCCAUCAGCAAGCCAAUGCCCGUUGGCACGCCAGUUCCGAAGCGCAAAAAGCUGACACCGAGGCUUAAGAGCACAUCCGUCGCAAGCAGUGUUGAGUUCUCGUCCGACCAUCCGUCCAGAGAUAUGCUGUCUUCUGCCGCUACAAAGACAGCCGCCAAGCAUAUAGCACCACCUGCACAACAAACAGCGUCGAAAAUGAGUGGCAUCCCAAGAAGCAAAAGUCUAAUCAAACCUUCUGUGCCAUCAACAUUGACGACCACAUCUUCGGCCGGUGCAACGCCUAUGGUGAGACGGAUGCGAGCACGACGGGCCGUUUGA